AUGGAAAACGGGUCGCUGUUAGAUGUGCUGAGUGGACAUCAGUCAAGUAUUGCCGAUAUAAGUAUGCAUGGGAACGCGUUGGCUAGUGUUUCAUGGGAUCGAACGCUCAAGUUAUGGAACAUCGUGACUUCAACAUGUGAGACGACUGAGCUUGCACAAGAAGGUCUAGCAGUGUCAUUUUCGCCUUGCGGACUGAUGAUAGCCGUGCUCACGGUCGACUCAAACAUCACAAUUUAUCAUGCAAAGGAUAUGGGCUUCAUUGGAUCGAUUGAUGCCAGAUUAGAUCUAGACCCUUCAAGAGGACAAGCUGACUUGAUCACCAGGCAAAAUGCUGCCAAGAGCAAAUCAUUCACCUGUAUGCAGUUCUCUCCUGACAGUGCGCUGUUGUUGCUGGGUGGAGAUUCGAACAAUUGUUUGUAUUCGGUGGUAGAUCGUAUGCUUGUGAAGAAGUUCACGAUCACAGAAAAUCGCAGCCUCGACGGAGUCGGUCUAGAUGUGAAUCGGCGUAACUUCACCGAGUUUGGUAACAUGGCCCUUUACGAUUCCUCGGAUUCCGAAACCGAACCGGAUGGAAAGCGAGCCAUACGACUUCCUGGCUCGAAGCAUUUUGAUCUUGGAGAGCGUUCUGCUCGACCUCAAGUAGCUGUCUAUGCGAAUCUUGAUGUUGUUGUAGGUCGACGAUUUGCGGUAUGCAGUACAGAAGGCGUUGGAGUGUACUCGUUGGAUACUGUAGGCUUGUUCGAUCCAUUCCAGCUAGACAGUCAGACGACGCCUGCAAUGAUUAAAAAUUGCUCUUUCGACUUGGACGAUUACUCCACGGCUCUUAUGGCGAGUUUGCGACUGAAUGAUACUCCAUUAAUACAGAGAAGUAUGGAAAGUACAGCUCUGGAACAGAUUGAGUUGGUUGUUCGAUCCUUACCCUUACCGUACGUGGAGAAGCUUCUCAAAUGGAUCGCCGAUGGUAGGGUGGUGGCCAGCUCAACCCACGUGCAUUUCUACAUGAUUUGGUUACGACACAUUCUCAAUAUCCAUGGUAUGCGCCUAAAAGGACGAACAGAUGUUGCAAUCUUGACUGGUAUUCAACAGAUUGUUGCUCACCAUACGCAGCUAAUCUCGAAAUUAGCUGAUCAGAACAAGUUCGGUCUUCGGUACAUUUUGGCAGCUCGUAAGCUGCAACGUAAGAACGAGGCAGGGAGCAUGGAAUGUUGA